AUGUCUGCACCAAAGAAAGGACCAUCUGCUGAGAAGACUUCCAAGUCAUCUAGCACAACAAGCACUUUGAUGUCUGCACCAAAGAAAGGACCAUCUGCUGAGAAGACUGCCAAGACAUCCAUUACAUCAACCAGCUCGUUGACAGCUACAUCAAAGCAAUACUCAUCGGUUUCAAGGACUUUGAAAAGGAAAUCAAGCGGGCCUCAGGGUGCAUUACCUGCCAAGCGACCUGUUCUGAAAGCUGGAACCUUGACUGCACCAAUUCUUCAGGAAUCACGUCUGGUCAGAGUCCAUCGUUUGCUGAUAUCACCCCAAACCAAACUAGAAAAUUGCCACACAGAUGUCCCAUGCUACCAAAGGGAGUAUAGCAAGGACCUCCUUAGCAAACUCAAGCAAGCAACCUACCAGUCACUUCAAGGAAAACCCUCAAGCACACCCCAGUCCUUGCCUUCCACAAAUGAGUACCCUCUCGGAGAGACAACCGUGGUUAUCACCGCUGUAGAUGCUGCUGGAAAUGAGGCAAGCUGUACCGCAACGGUUACAGUUGAGGAUGAUACAGAUCCGGUGGUUGUCUGCGUGGCCACUGCUACAACAACUACUAGUGCAGGGUCUGCUGUUAAUGGGGCCGACCUUGUGGCCGCCUCGGACAACGUAGCAGUUGUGAGUACAACUUUCAAUCCAGACCUGGAGUCUUACACAGUUGGAUCAACACCGGUGGUUGUCACCGUAGAAGAUGCUGCUGGGAAUUCUGCAAGCUGUACCGCAACGGUUAGCGUUACGGAUGAUACAGAUCCGGAAGUUAGCUGCGAGGCCGUAACUGCAUUUACUAGUCGAGGGUCUACUGUUGAAUCGGAACAACUUGUGACAGAGGCCUCGGACAAUGUAUUGGUUGUGAGUACAACUUUCGAUCCAGAGCAGACGUCUUACCCAGUUGGAUCAACACCGGUGGUUGUCACCGUAGCAGAUGCUGCUGGAAAUGAGGCAAGCUGUACCGCAACGGUUACAGUUGAGGAUGAUGAGGCUCCGACACUCACUUGCGGCAAGGUGGGGGCAGGUACCAGCAGCCCUGUUGUUGGACAGCUGCAGCUUUUUGCUGAGGGCGGUGCGCCCGACGACAAUGUGGAGGUGACGAGCAUCACUGCUGAGCCAACUUUCGAGGGGGAUGAGUACCCUCUCGGAGAGACAACCGUGGUUAUCACCGCUGUAGAUGCUGCUGGAAAUGAGGCAAGCUGUACCGCAACGGUUACAGUUGAGGAUGAUACAGAUCCGGUGGUUGUCUGCGUGGCCACUGCUACAACAACUACUAGUGCAGGGUCUGCUGUUAAUGGGGCCGACCUUGUGGCCGCCUCGGACAACGUAGCAGUUGUGAGUACAACUUUCAAUCCAGACCUGGAGUCUUACACAGUUGGAUCAACACCGGUGGUUGUCACCGUAGAAGAUGCUGCUGGGAAUUCUGCAAGCUGUACCGCAACGGUUAGCGUUACGGAUGAUGAGGCUCCGACACUCACUUGCGGCAAGGUGGGGGCAGGUACCAGCAGCCCUGUUGUUGGACAGCUGCAGCUUUUUGCUGAGGGCGGUGCGCCCGACGACAAUGUGGAGGUGACGAGCAUCACUGCUGAGCCAACUUUCGAGGGGGAUGAGUACCCUCUCGGAGAGACAACCGUGGUUAUCACCGCUGUAGAUGCUGCUGGAAAUGAGGCAAGCUGUACCGCAACGGUUACAGUUGAGGAUGAUACAGAUCCGGUGGUUGUCUGCGUGGCCACUGCUACAACAACUACUAGUGCAGGGUCUGCUGUUAAUGGGGCCGACCUUGUGGCCGCCUCGGACAACGUAGCAGUUGUGAGUACAACUUUCAAUCCAGACCUGGAGUCUUACACAGUUGGAUCAACACCGGUGGUUGUCACCGUAGAAGAUGCUGCUGGGAAUUCUGCAAGCUGUACCGCAACGGUUAGCGUUACGGAUGAUACAGAUCCGGAAGUUAGCUGCGAGGCCGUAACUGCAUUUACUAGUCGAGGGUCUACUGUUGAAUCGGAACAACUUGUGACAGAGGCCUCGGACAAUGUAUUGGUUGUGAGUACAACUUUCGAUCCAGAGCAGACGUCUUACCCAGUUGGAUCAACACCGGUGGUUGUCACCGUAGCAGAUGCUGCUGGAAAUGAGGCAAGCUGUACCGCAACGGUUACAGUUGAGGAUGAUACAGAUCCGGAAGUUAGCUGCGAGGCCGUAACUGCAUUUACUAGUCGAGGGUCUACUGUUGAAUCGGAACAACUUGUGACAGAGGCCUCGGACAAUGUAUUGGUUGUGAGUACAACUUUCGAUCCAGAGCAGACGUCUUACCCAGUUGGAUCAACACCGGUGGUUGUCACCGUAGCAGAUGCUGCUGGAAAUGAGGCAAGCUGUACCGCAACGGUUAGCGUUACGGAUGAUGAGAAGCCAGAACUGACGCUUCCAACUAAAGAGGAAUUGGAAUUCUGCACCGAUCAUGGGCUAUAUUACAGGUUAUUCGAUUUAGAGGAUAGGCGUAUACCUCGACCAACCUGUUUCGACACAGUUGAUGGAGAAAUUUCAGAAAUAUCCCUGACACCUUAUACCGAGGGUGCAUUUGGUAUUGGGGGCUGUGACAUCGUAGCAACUUGUGUAGAUGAAGCUGGAAACUCGUGCGAAAAAACAUACACUGUCCAAAUUAUAGACUGUGAAAAAUGUGAAUUCCAGCCCGCAGACGCCCUUUCGCUUGAAACUGAUAGCGGAGAAAGCUUUGCUACUGUAAAAGUUGGUGGCAACUUUGUCUUGCCAACAGUCACAGACAACUCACGGGAUAAACCUACCCCAACCUGCUCUAUCCAGGACGUGGAACUUCCAGCCACUGUUGAACUUGAUGGUGCUUGCGUUGUCAACGCCACUAUCCAUUGUGUUGCCGAAGAUUCCGCUGGGCAUCCCUGCGAACUCGACAUAUCUGUUCAAGUUUCCGAUAAAGAAGCACCUGUCAUCACGAACCUGCCAGAUCAACGCAGAUUUACCUUACCACGCAAGCCUUAUUUCUUCAACGAUCCCGCUGCAGAUGAUGCCAUCCCGAAUGCAGAAUGCACGGAUAAUAACAUUGAUGGUGCCUACCCUGCUACCAGUCCAUACCUUCUGAAUACGCAUUUUGCUAUCGGUGAAUGUGAUAUAGGACUCUACUGUGAAGACAAGUGUGGGGGAAGAUCUGAGGAUGAAUACAAGCUAACUGUCGUCCCCUAUGUUGCACCACAGUGUACUGACCCAAUCAGCGGACACCUGAAACUUGCUUGGUACGCAGACAAGUUGGCAGCACAUGGAGGGAAAUAUAUUGAAGACCUUCAAGCGGUCUUGUCAUGUAGCGGAGAGUUUGAGAUCACGGGAAAUCAGGAGAUUGUAUGUGUGGAGGUCGAAGGACAACUGCAAUGGGACAAAACACCGGGCACAUGUGAGGAAAUGGAGGAGGUUAAUGAAUUUAGUUGCCAAGGGUCAUACACAGCUGUGAGGGAUUUGGAUGACAAAGAAGGGUUUUGCUAUCGAUUUGUGGACACAAAGGGUACCUGGGAAGAGAUGAAGACGGAAUGCGAAUCUGACGGUGGACAUCUGGCCGAUAUGGGCUCUUACAUUGAACAUUCCGCCUUGCUGGGAUUUCUGAACAAUAUCAAUAGACUGCAAUCGGUGGCCUGGAUUUCUACCAAUGACCGGGAGAACGAGGGCGUGUACCUUGACUCCAGUGGCCAGCCGGUACCCCUCACCCUCUGGUGCCCUGAUGCCCCUGAGGAUCCAGAUCAAAUACCAGCAAACCAAGACUGCGCUAUCACAUCCACAAUGGGAUGGAACGACAAUCUCUGCGAUAAUAAAUACUUUGCCAUUUGUGAACGUGACAUAUCCUACCUCCCCUAAAAAACAGAAUUUCGUACAGCAGGCAUAAGCAAAUUCAAAAGCCAUCUUUUUGAUCAACCCGCAAUUGAACUGUACCUGCUUGAGUUAAAUCACUGGCUAACUUUACAUGGCACCGCACAAACAAUAGAUAAAUAUAUCUAUUUGACAUGCGUGUACAUACUUCUAGACCAAAUUGUCUGGGGGGAUGUCAUACCUUUUGGUAGAAACUACACUAUUUUCUAGGUAGCAAUUUCUUGCUCUGGAUAUUCCAAAAUGCCUGUAAAUGCUAGUGAACAGGUACAUCUAAACCUGCUUCAUACUGUCACUUAAACUGGAAUUCAUAAGUAUUUCAAAUACCGGUAGUACUCUAAUUGAAAUUUUAGCAUAGUUGUGAAAUCUUGUUUCCUGCUGUUUUUAUACCCAAGAAUUAAAUCACCAACGAAUUUGGUCUUAUGCUUGCUCACGAAACUAUUGACCCGACUAUGGCUUUGCCUUCGUAACUUUAUAUGUUACGUCGAUUUAGAAAACAAAUUAGGAAAGAGAGCGCAGAAUCUUUACCACUAUCCUUCUAUCAUAUAACGUUUAUCUAUUUAACAUCUAUCAUUUCAUCUAUUUAACAUCUAUCAUUUUAACAAUUUAUGUUUUGGGGUGGCAGAGGGUUUGUGUUGUCUGUAAACUAUUUAAGUAAAUUUAAGGAAUUCAAAUCUAGUUUUAAAUUGUUGUCAAACAUUCAACAAUGAGGAAUGAGAAAUAAGGUCAUUUUAAAAACUUGACAUAAGUUUGUUUAUUCAAGAAAUCUGAAGAAAAUGAAUUUAAGUGAUUUUUUGAAUGAUUUGAGCAGUGAAUGUUGGCAAAACGUCCUUUUAGAAACUGAUGCUAAUAAUGCCUAUGAAAUAUGGUGUAGAAAAUUUUGUUUGGUACUGGAUAAACAUGCCCCUCUUAUCUCAUCAUAUUCUUCUACCAAGCUCAACAAUCAUUUUGUUUGGUAAGAAGGAGGCUGUUUAAGGUCUGAUGGUUUGAAUAACAAGAAACUUCAUUCAAACAACACCUCAAAUAAAAAAUAAUGAAAGGGACAUUUUUUUCUAGCUCUUCCCUCAUCAUUCUGCCAUAGAAAAAAAUACACGGGCUAUAGGCAAAUGUAGUAUUUUAAUGGGAAGAGAUAUACUACAUUAUUAAUUGUUAAUAUUAAGUGAUAUGUAAUUGUUUUCUUGUAGAAUGUCUUAUUUAAAAUAUGUUAAGCUUUACACAGUGCUGUGUAUUAACUUAGAAGCAUGCAUGUAUCCGAUACAUAAUAAACCAGUUCAUAGUUGCAGUCUGAGCAUGAGCAGAUAAUGGUCAUUGCAGACCAAAUUGUGAAAUUCAUGAAGACAAAACACUGGAUACGUGCUCAUGAAAGUUAUGUAAUCAUUAUUCAUUGAUGCACAAGCAGUGCACUCCACGAUACACAGGUUGAAGUAUUCUUUGAAACGGGAAACAAAGGCUAUUUUUGUAGCACCUCCAUCGUUGUAGGAGUUAUUAUUUCAAAAUGUACAAAAUGGGACCUCUUCAUGUUUUGAAGAUCUGUGGAUAUUCAGAGUCAUUUGGGAUAUGUGCUAACUGUGAACUGGUCUAUUGUGCAGAAGUAUGCUAAUUUUCUUGUUUGUUUCUUUCCUCCUUCAAUUUCCCAAUGCAAGACAUUGUUUGAUCACUGAAAUGCGCAAUAAAUCUUAUUUAGUCUGAAACUAUUA